AUGGCGCCCCUAGCUCUUGCCCUGCUGUUCGCAGUUGCGUUUGCCACUGGCGCAAAUGCCCAAGACGCUUUGCCAGCGGCAAUAAAUGCAACCGCGAUCACCCUCCCCCUGGCUGCGGCUGCGACCGACUCUUCGACUGCCGCUUCCACCAUCACGUCCUCCCCAACCAUCGCCUCUGCCUCGUCCUCCACCGCGGUAGCCACGACCUCGGUGACUGCUACUGCCGAGGUCGCGAAGGCUAACCAGACCGCGGGACCAGCGCUGGACACGCAGCAAGUUUGUCUCCCUGGCUUGUGCCAGAACGGUGGUCUGUGUGGCGUGACUCCGCAAGGCUCUUACGUCUGCACCUGCUUCCAUGGCUACACGGGGCGCAACUGCUCAGAGGUGCUCCUCCGCGUGGACUGCGGGGCGAGCGAGGUGAGUGCGUCCCUGGAGAACGACUUUCUCGCGUGGCACAACAUCACGGCCACCACCGUGGUGCUGGCGCGUCACACUUCCCUGAACGCGGUGCCCAGCGAGGCUUGCCUGGCUCGCAAGAGCGUCUCCCAGGGCGUGAGCCACCUUCUCAUGAAGCAGACGCACGGUCGUGAGGAAUGCGGUGCCAAGAUGAUGGUGAACGACACCCACGUGAACAUCGCAUACCAGGUAGUGAUCGGGAACCGCUCUAACGUGAUCGAGAGGAUCUACUUCGUGCUGGACUUCUCCUGCGUGUAUCCCCUGGAGGAGCGCGUGGCUUCCGAUGUCGCCGUCACCAGCGCCCUCUUGACAUUCCUCCUCCCGGAGCGAGAUGGUGUCCUGCGGGUCGCCAUGUCUCUCUACAAGAGUGCCAACUUCUCCGCGGCUGACCAGUACGCGGUCUCGCCCAAGCUGAGCUCCUUCGAUCGGAUUUACGUGCGGGUCUUCCUGCACAUGCACUCCAAGGACAAGGAGACUGACGCCAAGGGGGACUUCAACCUCCUCCUCGUGAACUGCUGGUGCACGCCGAGCGACAACGCGUCUGACCCCAUCAACCACAAGCUCUUCAACGACGGAUGUCCCGCGGACCAGACCGCCGCUUUCCACAGCGUGAACGGCAAUGACAGCAGCGUGGACUUCAGCGUCCAAAUGUUGAAGUUCAUCGGCAUCCAGUACCAGCUGGUCUACGUCCACUGCUCUGUGCGGGUCUGCUUCAGCGUCAACAGCAGUCAGUGCGUCCCGAUGAACUUAAUUCUUGACGUGACAUAA